AACAAUGGACUAGUUCAAAAGGAAAGAAAUACCUUAAGGCUAUAUAUUGUCACCCUGCUUAUUUAACUUAUAUGCAGAGUACAUCAUGUGAAAUGCUGGGCUGGAUGAAGCACAAACUGGAAUCAAGAUUGCUGGGAGAAAUAUCGAUAACCUCAGAUAUGCAGAUGAUACCACCCUGAUGGCAGAAAGUGAAGAGGAACUAAAGAGCAUCUUGAUGAGAAAGAGGAAAGUGAAAAAGCUAACUUAAAACUCAACAUUCAAAAAACUAAGAUGGCAUCCAGUCUCAUCACUUCAUGGCAAAUAGAUGGGGAAACAAUGGAAACAGUGACAGACUUUAUUUUCUUGGGCUCCAAAAUCACUGCAGAUGGUGACUGCAGCCAUGAAAUUAAAAGACGCUCCUUGGCAGAAAAGCUAUGACCAACCUAGACAGCAUAUUAAAAAGCAGAGACAUUACUUUGCCAACAAAGGUCCAUAUAGUCAAAGUUACGCUUUUUCCAGUAGUCCUGUAUGGAUGUGAGAGUUGGACCAUAAAACUGAGUGCCGAAGAAUUGAUGCUUAUGAACUGUGGUGCUGGAGAAGACUCUUGAGAGUCCCUUGGACUGCAAGGAGAUCAAACUAGUCAAUCCUAAAGGAAAUCAACCCUGAAUAUUCAUGGGAAGGACUGAUGCUGAAGCUGAAACUCCAAUACUUUGGCCACCUGAUGCGAACAGCUGACUCAUUAGAGAAGACCCUGAUGCUGGGAAAGAUUGAGGGCAAGCGGAGAAGGGGAUAACAGAGGAAGAGAUGGUUGGAUAACAUCAGUUUGAGCAGGCUCUGGGAGAUGGUGAAGGACAGAGACCUGGUGUGCUGCAGUCCAGGGGCUCGCAAAGAGUCAGACACAACUGAACAACUGUGAAGUCUAUCUGUUAAAGACAUCUGCUGUGUUUUUUUCCUGUGUAUGGGUCACACUCUCCUAUGUGUUUACAUACUUUGUAAUUUGUUGUUGAAAACUGGACAUGUUAGAUUGGUUCCUCACUCUGCACCCGGGGGCUUGGGAUUAUUUGAUUGUUCGUUUAGUGACCAGCUGGACCACAACAGUGAUGUCUCUUUCCUCUGCAAUGUGAAGCCUUUGACUUUGCUCCUCAGAGGCCCUGGCCUUGGGUCUGUGCGCAGUCGCCCUGGGACACUAGUGGUUUUAGGGGUGCUCUGUUUGUCUCUUCCCUGAUCAUAGCCAGCUGUCAGGCCCUAGCAGUUGCUGGCUGAUUGCUCUAUUGUUUUUGACAAUGCCCUGGAGCAUCAAUUGCUCCACAGACUGAUCCAAUCAAAUUUGGACUUUAAAGGGGUAUCUUUGGAGUUCCAGACUUAAGGUGCUCAAGGUGCCGUGGCCUCCAUGCCUAAAGCGGAGCGCGUGUGUGGUGUCGAUGCAGCUGUCUUCUGCAGCUUCUUCGGGGCCACAGGACCAAGCGCCAUUUGAGUGACACUCUGUACUCUGCUCCCGGGCUGCCUGUGCUGGACAUGCUCAUGCCCGCCGAGGGCACCCCGCCACCCCUGGGUGGCACUCCUGUCCCAGUCCCAGCCUACUUCCGCCAUGCAGAGCCUGGCUUCUCCCUCAAGAGGCCCAGGGGGCUCAGUCAGAGCCUCCCGCCCCGGCCCCCUGCCAAGGGCAGCAUCCCUGUCAGCCGCCUCUUCCCUCCUCGGACCCCAGGCUGGCAUCAGCCCCACGCCCGGCGGGUGUCGUUCCGGGACCAGGCCUCCGAGCCCCUGCAGAGCCCCGGGUAUGAUCCAAGUCGACCGGAGUCGUUCUUCCAGCAGAGUUUCCACAGGCUCGGCCGCCUGGGCCACGGCUCUUAUGGGGAGGUCUUCAAGGUGCGCUCCAAGGAGGACGGCCGGCUGUACGCAGUGAAGCGCUCCAUGUCGCCGUUCCGGGGCCCCAAGGACCGGACCCGCAAGCUGGCCGAGGUGGGUGGCCACGAGAAGGUGGGGCAGCACCCGCGCUGUGUGCGGUUGGAACAAGCCUGGGAGGAGGGCGGCAUCCUGUACCUACAGACGGAGCUGUGUGGGCCCAGCCUGCAGCAGCACUGCGAGGCCUGGGGCGCCGGCCUGCCUGAGGCUCAGGUCUGGGGCUAUCUGCGGGACACCCUGCUGGCCCUGGCCCACCUGCACGGCCAGGGCCUGGUCCACCUGGAUGUCAAGCCUGCCAACAUCUUCCUGGGGCCCCGGGGCCGCUGCAAGCUGGGUGACUUCGGGCUGCUGGUCGAGCUGGGCGCGUCAGGAGCUAGUGAGGCCCAGGAGGGAGACCCCCGCUACAUGGCCCCCGAGUUGCUCCAGGGCUCUUACGGGACAGCGGCAGACGUGUUCAGCCUGGGCCUCACCAUCCUGGAGGUGGCGUGCAACAUGGAACUGCCCCGCGGUGGGGAGGGCUGGCAGCGGCUGCGUCAGGGCUACCUGCCCCCUGAGUUCACCGCUGGCCUGUCCUCUGAGCUGCGUUCCGUUCUCGUCACGAUGCUGGAGCCUGACCCCAACCUGCGGGCCACCGCUGAGGCCCUGCUGGCCCUGCCCGUGCUCAGGCAGCCACGGCCCUGGAGCGUCCUGUGGUUCAUGGCCGCUGAGGCCCUCAGUCGAGGCUGGGCCCUGUGGCAGGCCCUGCUCUCCCUGCUCUGCUGGCUCUGGCACGGGCUGGCUCACCCCGCCAGCUGGCUGCAGCCCCCGGGUCCGCCGGCCACCCCACCCGGGUCGCCGCCCUGCAGCCUUCUCCUGGACCGCAGCCUCUCCAGCACCUGGGGCGACGACAGCAUAGGGCCCUCACUGUCUCCAGAGGCCAUCCUGGCCAGGGCUGCCAGCAGCACCUCCACCCCCCGCAAUGGCUCCCCUGCCCCCCAGAGCAGGCACCCACCGAGGGAUGCUCUGGACCUGAGUGACAUUGACUCAGAGCCCCCUCGGGGCACCUUCCCUGCCUUUGAACCUCGGAACCUCCUCAGCCUGUUUGAGGACUCCCUGGGCCCAAGCUAAGCCCACAGGCCCAGGCUCAGCAAUUUUAAUCUCUUAGCCCCUCCCUUCCAUCCUCCUGGAGGCUGGGGUCCCUGUGUGGACUCCAGUGGUCCCUUCUGCCUGGCUGUGUCUAAUAAAAGGUAUUUGAAUCUUG